GCCCGGGAGGCGAGCGGGGACCCCCGCGCCCGCAGCCCAGGGGCGGCGCUGCCCGCGCUCGGCGUGGCCGCCGGCUAGUGCUGGGCCGGGCCGGGCCGGGCUGGGGGGCGGCCCGCCCGGCUCGCCCAUGGGCGCAGGAUGCCGGUGCGGAGGGGCCACGUCGCGCCGCAGAACACCUUCCUGGACACCAUCAUCCGCAAGUUUGAGGGCCAGAGCCGCAAGUUCAUUAUCGCCAACGCGCGGGUGGAGAACUGCGCCGUCAUCUAUUGCAACGACGGCUUCUGCGAGCUGUGCGGCUACUCGCGGGCCGAGGUGAUGCAGCGGCCCUGCACCUGCGACUUCCUGCACGGGCCGCGCACGCAGCGCCGCGCCGCCGCGCAGAUCGCGCAGGCCCUGCUGGGCGCCGAGGAGCGCAAGGUGGAGAUCGCCUUCUACCGGAAGGAUGGAAGCUGCUUCCUGUGUCUGGUGGACGUGGUCCCCGUGAAGAACGAGGAUGGCGCCGUCAUCAUGUUCAUCCUCAACUUUGAGGUGGUGAUGGAGAAGGAGCUGGUGGGGUCCCCGGCCCGCGACACCAACCACCGCGGGCCCCCCGCCAGCUGGCUGGCCCCAGGCCGCGCCAAGACCUUCCGCCUGAAGCUGCCCGCGCUGCUGGCCCUCACGGCCCGGGAGGCGCCCGUGCGGCCGGGCGGCGCGGGCGGCGGCGCGGGGGGCGUGGUGGUGGACGUGGACCUGACGCCCGCGGCGCCCAGCAGCGAGUCGCUGGCCCUGGACCCGGUGCCGGCCCUGGACAACCACGUGGCGGGCCCGCGGCCGGCGGGGGAGCGCUCGCCGCGCGCGCACGGCCUCAACCCCGAGGCGUCGGGCUCCUGCUGCAGCCUGGCCCGGACCCGCUCCCGGGAGAGCUGCGCCAGCGUGCGCCGCGCCUCGUCCGCCGACGACAUCGAGGCCAUGCGCGCCGCGCCGCCGCCCGCGCCCCCGCGCCACGCCAGCACCGGGGCCAUGCACCCUCUCCGCAGCGGGCUGCUCAGCUCCACCUCCGACUCGGACCUUGUGCGCUACCGCACCAUCAGCAAGAUCCCCCAGAUCACCCUCAACUUCGUGGACCUCAAGGGCGAGCCCUUCCUGGCCUCGCCCAGCAGCGACCGCGAGAUCAUCGCCCCCAAGAUAAAGGAGCGGACCCACAAUGUCACGGAGAAGGUCACCCAGGUCCUGUCCCUGGGUGCUGACGUGCUGCCCGAGUACAAGCUGCAGGCCCCGCGCAUCCACCGCUGGACCAUCCUGCACUACAGCCCGUUCAAGGCCGUGUGGGACUGGCUCAUCCUGCUGCUGGUCAUCUACACGGCCGUCUUCACGCCCUACUCGGCCGCCUUCCUGCUGAAGGAGACGGAGGAGGGCCCUCCGAACUCCGACUGCGGCUACACCUGUCAGCCGCUGGCCGUGGUGGACCUCAUCGUGGACAUCAUGUUCAUCGUGGACAUCCUCAUCAACUUCCGCACCACCUACGUCAACGCCAACGAGGAGGUGGUGAGCCACCCUGGCCGCAUCGCUGUGCACUACUUCAAGGGCUGGUUCCUCAUCGACAUGGUGGCCGCCAUCCCCUUUGACCUGCUCAUCUUUGGCUCCGGCUCUGAGGAGCUGAUCGGGCUGCUGAAGACGGCGCGGCUGCUGCGGCUGGUGCGGGUGGCGCGGAAGCUGGACCGCUACUCGGAGUACGGCGCGGCCGUGCUCUUCCUGCUCAUGUGCACCUUCGCGCUCAUCGCGCACUGGCUGGCCUGCAUCUGGUACGCCAUCGGCAACAUGGAGCAGCCGCACAUGGACUCGCGCAUCGGCUGGCUGCACAACCUGGGCGACCAGAUCGGCAAGCCCUACAACAGCAGCGGCCUGGGCGGCCCGUCCAUCAAGGACAAGUACGUCACGGCGCUGUACUUCACCUUCAGCAGCCUCACCAGCGUGGGCUUCGGCAACGUCUCCCCCAACACCAACUCCGAGAAGAUCUUCUCCAUCUGCGUCAUGCUCAUCGGCUCCCUCAUGUACGCCAGCAUCUUCGGGAACGUGUCUGCCAUCAUCCAGCGGCUGUACUCGGGCACGGCGCGCUACCACACACAGAUGCUGCGUGUGCGGGAGUUCAUCCGCUUCCACCAGAUCCCCAACCCGCUGCGCCAGCGCCUGGAGGAGUACUUCCAGCACGCCUGGUCCUACACCAACGGCAUCGACAUGAACGCGGUGCUGAAGGGCUUCCCCGAGUGCCUGCAGGCCGACAUCUGCCUGCACCUGAACCGCUCGCUGCUGCAGCACUGCAAGCCCUUCCGCGGCGCCACCAAGGGCUGUCUGCGCGCCCUGGCCAUGAAGUUCAAGACCACGCAUGCGCCGCCCGGGGACACGCUGGUGCACGCCGGGGACCUGCUCACCGCCCUCUACUUCAUCUCCCGGGGUUCCAUCGAGAUCCUGCGCGGGGAUGUGGUCGUGGCCAUUCUGGGGAAGAAUGAUAUCUUUGGGGAGCCUCUGAACCUGUACGCGCGGCCCGGCAAGUCCAAUGGUGACGUGCGGGCCCUCACCUACUGCGACCUGCACAAGAUCCAUCGCGACGACCUGCUGGAGGUGCUGGACAUGUACCCCGAAUUCUCGGACCACUUCUGGUCCAGCCUGGAGAUCACCUUCAACCUGCGAGACACCAACAUGAUCCCUGGCUCUCCCGGCAGUGCCGAGCUUGAGGGCGGCUUCAACCGGCAACGCAAGCGCAAGCUGUCUUUCCGCAGGCGCACGGACAAAGACCCGGAGCAGCCCGGGGAGGUGUCGGCCCUGGGGCCAGGCCGGGCAGGGCCGGGGCUCUGCGGCCGCGGUCGGCCGGGAGGCCCGUGGGGGGAGAGCCUGUCCAGCGGCCCAUCCAGCCCCGAGACCAGUGAGGACGAGGGCCCGGGGCGCAGCGCCAGCCCGCUCCACCUGCUGCCCUUCCCCAGCCCCCGGCCCCCCGGGGAGCCGCCGGCUGGGGAGCCCCCCGCAGAGGAGGCCGAGAAGAGCCGCGACACCUGCAACCCGCUGUCAGGGGCCUUCUCGGGAGUGUCCAACAUCUUCAGCUUCUGGGGGGACAGUCGGGGCCCCCAGUACCAGGAGCUGCCCCGCUGCCCCGCCCCCACCCCCAGCCUGCUCAGUAUUCCCCUGGCCAGCCCCGGCCGCCGCACGCGGGGGGAUGUGGAGAGCAGGCUGGAUGCCCUGCAGAGGCAGCUCAACAGGCUGGAGAGCCGGCUGAGCGCGGACAUGGCCGCGGUCCUGCAGCUGCUGCAGAGGCAGAUGGCGCUGGUCCCUCCCGCCUACAGCGCGGUGACCACCCCGGGGCCCGGCCCCGCCCCCGCCUCCCCGCUCCUGCCGGGCGGCCCCGUGCCCCCCCUCCCCCUGGACUCGCUUUCUCAGGUUUCCCAGUUCAUGGCGUGCGAAGAGCCCCCACCGGGGGCCCCGGAGCCCCCCCAGGACGGCCCCGCUCGACGCCUGUCCCUGCCAGGCCAGCUGGGGGCCCUCACCUCCCAGCCCUUGCACAGACACGGCUCGGACCCGGGCAGUUAGUGGCGCUGUCUGGCCUGGAUGCGUGGCUCACCCAGGGCUCAGCGCACGGCUGGGCCCUGCCCAGGACGCCCUGCCCAGGAGGGCCUGGAAGGGGAGAGGAGAGGAAGGCAGAGCGCCCCCGCCCUGGGCACCAUCUCCUCCGGUGCCCCGGCCCAAGGGAGGGGCGGGGCGGGGCGGGGCGGGCCUGGCAGUGGACGGGGGUCUGUGGCCCCCCCACUGCCCGGGGGGCAUUAGCUGGUCUAACUGCCCAGAGGCGGCCGGCCUGGGCCUCAGCACACCUCAGAGACUUUUCUGCUAUUUCCUGCUCUUAUUGUUAAGGAUAAUAAUUAAGGACCAUAUGAAUAAUUAUGAAGAUGCUGAUGACUAUGAAUAAUAAAUCAUUAUCCUGA